AUGUCCCUCAAGAUCACAAACUACUCUGUCCACGACGUCCGCUACCCCACCAACGUGACCGGCGAUGGCACAGAUGCCAUGAACAAGGAAUGCGACUACUCGGCCGCUUACAUCGUCCUCGAGACUGGCACCGACCUCAAGGGCCAGGGUAUGACCUUUACUAUUGGUCGAGGCAACGAGAUUGUUUGCUUUGCUAUUGAGCAGGUAGCCAAGCGUAUCGUCGGCCUUGAGCUCGAACCUAUCUUUGCUGAUAUGGGCAAAUUCUGGGACUUUCUCGUUGCGGACCCCCAGCACCGAUGGCUCGGGCCUGAAAAGGGUGUCAUACACCUCGCGACCGCUGCCAUCUCCAACGCCGUCUGGGACCUCUAUGCAAAGCACGCUCAGAAACCGCUUUGGAAGCUCAUCGUCGACUUUACUCCUGAAGAGUUUGUCAAGUCGACUUCUUUCCGGUACAUUACCGAUGCUCUCACUCGAGAAGAAGCUCUCGCUAUCUUGAAAAAGAAGGAGGCGGGCAAGGCUAGUAGGGAGAAGGAAGUACUCGAAAGAGGAUAUCCAGCGUAUACGACUUCGGUCGGAUGGCUGGGGUACUCGGACGAGAAGGUCAGGAGGCUGACAAAGGAGAGCUUGAACCAGGGCUUCAACCAUUUCAAGCUCAAGGUUGGUGCGGAUGCCGAGGACGACCUGCGUCGUGGCAGGCUCAUCAGGUCCAUCAUUGACGACCCCGCCAAUAUCCCCAAAGACCGCAAGCCCAUCUCGCCCGAGUCUAUCGCCGGCAAGAAUGCUGGUCCCACCGGCUGUGUCUUGAUGGUCGACGCCAACCAGGUCUGGGACGUCCCACAGGCUAUCGAGUAUAUGAAGAAGCUCGAGCCGCUCAAACCUUGGUUCAUCGAAGAGCCUACAGCUCCCGAUGAUGUCGUCGGCCACGCUGCUAUCCGCAAGGCCUUGAAGGAAGUCAACAUUGGCGUUGCUACCGGCGAACACGCUCACAACCGUAUGAUCUUCAAGCAGCUCCUUCAGCUCGACGCUAUAGACGUCUGCCAGAUUGACUCUUGCCGUCUCGGCGGUGUCAACGAAAUCCUCUCGGUCCUUCUGCUGUCCGCCAAAUUUGGCGUACCCGUCUGUCCUCAUGCUGGCGGAGUGGGCUUGUGCGAGUAUGUCAUCCAUCUCAGUCUUAUCGACUACAUCUGCGUCUCGGGCGAUAUGGAGCGAAACGUACUCGAGUUUGUCGACCACUUGCACGAGCACUUCCUCUACCCCGUCUCCAUCAAUGACGAGGGGCGAUACAACAUCCCGCUGGACCCCAAGGGCGGGUACUCUAUCGAAAUGUAUGAAAAGUCUAUCGAGGACUAUGUCUUCCCUGGAGGCGCUUAUUGGGCUGCCGUGGCACGUGGGGAGAACCCAGAGGUUAAGCACUAG